CACACACACACGCGCGUGUCCCUUCUGCACGGCGGUGGUGGUGUGGUGGUGGUGGUUGUUGUUUGUUGUUGGUGCUGUUGACGGUGCUGUGCUGUGCGGUGCGUACCGAGAGGUCCGUGCUCGGUAUGUCGUGCCCCGUCGCGAAUCAGCGUUCACCCGCGCAGGCCAGCGAGCUGCAAGGCGGAUGCGAGCGUUGAAGAAAAAUAAACGAUUAACGAAGGGGGCCUGGAAGGCAAAGCGUCUUCGUAUUCUUCUUCUUCCCGUCGUCAUCAUCAGUCAUCAUCCCUUCCUUCUUCUCGGUCUCUUGACGAACCGACGUGACGAGAAGAUGCUGUCUCUUCUCAGAAUUACGGCGGCAAGGCCACUCAACGGGCUCAGGAUCUAUGGACAGCCGACUGUCGCGUACCUUCCCAGCAGCAGCAGCAACCACAGGGACCAUGAAGCCCCAAGCCGUUGCUUUUCUGGUGGUCCCCUGCUGGGGCCAGACCCAAGCCCCAGCACCUCCACGGACGGCUCCUCUCUGCCACGUCUGCCGGUGCCGCCUCUCAAGCAGACCCUGGAGCGCUACCUGCGUGUGCUGGAGCCGCUGGUGACGCCCGAGGAGCUGGAGUACACGCGCAAGUUGGUGGCCGAGCUCGCGCGGCCCGGGGGCCUUGGCGAGGUGCUGCAGUCCCGCCUGGAACGCAAGGGUCGCAAGACCGAGAACUGGCUGUUGGACUGGUGGGUUAACACGGCGUAUCUGGAGUGCCGCACGCCUCUCGCCGUUUACUCCAGCCCUGGGGUUGUCAUGCCCCGGCAGAAUUUCCGCGACACUCAAGGACAGCUCAAGUUUGCAGCCAAGCUUAUUUCUGGGGUACUGGACUUUAAGCAAAUGCUGGACACGAAUAAUCUGCCGCACGGCCACUUCCACGGCAAGCCGCUGUGCAUGAACCAAUACUACCAGAUCUUCUCCUCGUGCCGUAUCCCUGGCCCCCGGCGCGACACCAUCGUCAACUACUCUCGGCAGAACAAUCCGCCCACCCACAUCACGGUCGCCCACAACUACACCUUCUUUAAGCUGGACGUUUACCACCCGAACGGAGAAAUUCUCACACCUGGCGAGAUCUACCAGCAGCUGGAAAAGAUCUGGAACUCCUCCAUCAAGACCACCAAGGAGCCGAUUGGCAUCUUGACAGCCGAACAACGGCACCGCUGGGGACUGGGCCUCAACAUCUUGCUCAAGGACAAGCUGAACAAGGAGUCCUCGCGGGUCAUCCAGAAGAGCAUCUUCGCCGUCUGCCUGGACGGGCCCAUGCGGUGCGAGUCCAACGAGUUGAGCAUGAGCCAGAUGGCCGCUCAGAUCCUGCACGGCGGCGGCAGCAAGGCCAACACGGGCAACCGCUGGUUUGACAAGACGCUGCAGUUCAUCAUCGGCGAGGAUGGGACGUGUGGCCUGGUGUACGAGAGAGCGCUCGCUGAAGGAGUGCCGAUCAUGCGGAUAGCCGACCACGCGAUGGAUUACUGCAACAAGAAGGAGUUUGUCAAGUGCAUGUCUAAAAAGCAUCUCCCCAUACCCACCAAACUUUACUUCAACAUCAACGAAGAGGUGAAGCGCAUGAUCGAGUCUGCCAAGUUCCACCAUGACAUCCAAGUCGGAGACCUCGACAUUCAGUGCUUUGUCUACAAAAAGUUUGGCAACGCAUUUCCCAAGUUCCACCGCCUCAGCCCUGACGGCUUUAUCCAGAUGGCCAUACAGCUUGCCUACUUCAGGCUGCACAGGGAGCUGAGCGUGGCUACAGAGAGCGCCACCACGCGCAUGUUCCACCUGGGGCGCACCGAAGAGAUCCGCUGCACCUCCAUGGAGUCGCUGCGCUUUGUGGAGACUUUCGAUGAUGCCAACGUGUCGAACGAAGAAAAGAUGCAGACGAUGAAAGUGGCUGUAGAGGCGCACAAGGAAUACACGCAGUGGGCCGUCAAUGGGCAGGCCAUCGACAGGCACCUGCUUGGCCUGAAGUUGCAGGCGAUUGAGGAUCAGUACAACAUCCCAGAGCUGUUUAUGGACACGUCCUAUGCCAUUGCCAGCCACCUCAAGCUAUCCACGAGCCAGGUCCCUGGCAGCAUGGACGCGGUGAUGUGCUAUGGUCCCGUGGUGCCCGACGGCUACGGCGUGUGCUACAACCCGCAGCACGACCGCCUCAACUUCUCCGUCACGGCGCUCAACAGCUGCUCGCAGACGCACGCCGACCUGAUGGCCGCCGAGAUCGAGAAGGCUCUCACGGACAUGCACGAGCUGCUGAGCUCGCGCUCCGGGGACUCGCCCUGGGAGCAGGCCCAGUGGUGAAGGCACGCGGAGGGCACAGCGGGGCACAGCGGAGCAGAAGGCCUUCGAAAGUAAACUAACUAAACUAUUUUUAAAUUUUGAUUUAAAGCUUUCGUGACUGCAGGGAUUCAUAUUCUUGGUUCUUUCGGUAAAGUCACGUAGAAGGGACUUUACCGAAAGAACCAAGAAUAUAAACUAUUUUUAGUUUAACACGUAGGCUUACUGGGUAAGGCUCACUGAGCUAUAUAGCUCUUUUUCAGAAGGGGCCUGUGGCCACAGAUAAUAGUCCAACAAAGUGGCUUAUCACGUGGAAAUUUAUAGCAGCCAAAUACCCUUAACGCAUAUUGAUGCUAAACUGGGAAGGGAAAAACCAGA